CCUCACGUGACGCAGCCCUGUCCCGCGCGAGCCACCGUCGCGGCAAGAUGGCGGCGGCGGAGUCCAGCGACAGCGAGGAGGAGGAUCUGGUGAGCUAUGGGACCGCGCUGCAGCCCCUGCAGGAGGGUGAACGAAUUAAAAAGCCAGUUCCUCUUCAAGAACAGACUGUUAAAGAUGCAAAGGGACGAUAUCAGCGUUUCCAUGGAGCGUUUACUGGUGGUUUCUCUGCUGGUUACUUUAACACUGUUGGCACAAAGGAAGGAUGGACUCCUUCAGCUUUUGUAUCAUCACGGCAGAAGAGAGCAGACAGAACCGUUCUUGGACCAGAAGACUUCAUGGAUGAAGAGGAUCUUAGUGAAUUUGGGAUAGCACCAAAAGAUAUUACAACCACAGAUGACUUUGCAUCCAAAGCUAAAGACAGAAUAAAAGAGAAAGCUAGACAAAUUGCAGGAGUAGUUGCUGCCAUUCCAGGAACCACCGCAUUUGAUGAUUUAAUAGGACCAUCAAAAAUAACAGUUGGGGUUGAACUGUUACGAAAAAUGGGCUGGAAAGAAGGACAAGGAAUUGGACCACGAGUCAAAAGAAAGCCACGCAGGCAGAAACCUGACCCUGCAGUGAAAGUAUAUGGUUGUGCGUUACCACCUGGACUGUCUGAGGGUUCUGAGGAUGAAGAGGAUGAAUACCAGCCAGAGAAUGUGACAUUUGCACCAAAAGAUGUAAUGCCUGUAGAUUUGACUCCAAAAGAGAAUGUCCAUGGACUUGGCUAUAAGGGUUUGGACCCCUCACAAGCUUUGUUUGGUGUAUCUGGAAGAGAACACCUGAAUCUUUUUACAGGUGGUUCUGAAGACACAAGCAAUUUACUUGGUGAUCUGAGACACAGUAAAGGAAGAAAACUAGGUAUUACGGGUCAGGCUUUUGGCGUAGGAGCUUUAGAGGAGGAAGAUGAUGAUAUUUAUGCAACUGAAACACUGUCAAAAUAUGAUACAGUUCUAAAAGAUGAGGAGCCUGGAGAUGGCUUGUAUGGCUGGACAGCGCCUAAGCAGUAUAAAUCAAAAAAAAGGUCUGAAAGAGAAGUUAAAUAUAUAGGCAAAAUCUUGGAUGGUUUUUCCUUGGCAUCAAAAUCAUCAACUCCAAGCAAGAUUUAUCCACCACCUGACCUGCCACGAAAUUACAGACCAGUCCAUUACUUUCGACCUGUGAUAGCAGCUGGGAAUGAAAACUACCGUUUACAGAAGGCAUUAGAGGAAUCAACUGGAAAACUUGAGACUGAUACGACACAACAAAGCAGACAUGCUUUGAAUGCGUCUCAGAGGAGGGAACGACUAGGAGAGACUGGUCUAAAAGGUCCGGCUCCUUCUGUUUUGGAAUACCUGUCUGAGAAAGAUAGAGAAAGACUCAAAGAAGUGAAACAAGCAUCUGAACAGCAAAUGAAAGCAAAAAUACUGCCUCAGCAGUCACGAAAUAGCAGAUUCCAGCCAGCCUCCCCAGAUGAUGCUUCUCAAAAAGGCAAAUGUUGUUGGGGGGGGCAGUUAGCAAAUGCUGGUUCUAGUGACUUCAAACCAUUUGCAAGAAAUCCAGAAAAACAAAAAAGAUAUGAAAGUUUUGUGAAAAGUCUUAAACAAGGAGAAAAAGUAGAUACAUUGGAGCAUUAUUUAGAUCCGAGUAUGACAGAAUGGGAGCGAGGAAGAGAACAAGAGGAGUUCUUCCGUGCAGCAAUGUUUUACAAAUCCUCAAAUUCAACACUGUCAUCCAGGUUUACCAGGGCCAAAUAUGAAGAUGAUGUUGACAAAGUCGAAGUUCCUCGGGACCAAGAGAAUGAUAUUGAUGAUAAGGAAACUGCUGUGAAGAUGAAGAUGUUUGGCAAACUGACAAGAGACGCGUUUGAAUGGCAUCCUGAAAAACUGUUGUGUAAAAGAUUUAAUGUUCCUGAUCCAUAUCCUGAUUCUUCCAUUGUUGGGCUACCGAAAGUGAAACGAGACAAGUAUUCUGUGUUUAAUUUCUUAACUCUGCCUGAGCCCACCACAUCUGUAACUCAAGCAACAAAUGAAAAAAUCCAACAGAAUAACAGUGUCAACAAACCAAAGAAACCUUCAAGAUGGGAUGUGUCAGAUAAAGAGAAGGAGAAAAAAGAUUCUAUCAGUGAAUUCAUUAGUCUUGCUAGAUCAAAAGCUGAUGUUCAGCAGCAACCACCAUUGCCAGCGACAGAAGAAUGUGGAACUGGGCUGAGUGAAACUCUUCCCACUGAGGUAGCUAAUGAAGAGAAGGAUCAGGAAGAAGAAAGCAGACCAUCCAUGGACUUAUUUAAGGCCAUCUUUGUGAGUUCCUCAGAUGAAAAAUCAUCUUCCUCUGAAGAAGAGAGUGAUGAUGAACAGCAACCAAGUACUUCAGUAACCGAUUCAGAAACCACCAAGCAAGUUGAUCUACCAGACAGUUCUUCAUCUAAUGUACAAGAGAAUGUGACUGCUACAACUGAUCCUGGUGUUUCUUUGUUGCCUACUUCAAAGCAGGAACUGGAUGCAACAGAGGAAUUUGGACCAAAGUUGCCUCCAGCUUUUUCUUCCGGCCCUACUUGGCAACAAGAACCAGUGGUGCCACCAAGUUUUCCUGGGCCUAGUAGGAAAGAAAAACAUAGGAAGAACAGAGAGAAACACAAGACUAAGAGAGAACACAAACACAAAAAGGAAAAGAAAAAGAAACAUAAGAAACAGAAAAACAAAGGAAAACACAAGAAUAAAAAAUCAGAAAAAGACAGCAGCUCAGACACUGCAGAUAGCAGUGACAGCCUUAGUGAUAUAGAUACCACAGGCUUGUCACCCAAAGAACUUCUAAGAAGGGGACACAGCAAUGCUAUCUCAGAUUGCUGCUUUACCUCUGAUGGUCAUUACUUGUGCACAGCAUCCUGGGACAAAAGCUUAAAAAUAUGGGAUAUAAAGACAGAAGAAUUUCGGUGUCAUGAACCUGUUUCCCUGAACGAAGGACAUGAGGGUUCUGUUAGUUCCUGCCUUUUUAGCCAAGAUGCAUCCCUUGUUGUGUCUGGCGGAUAUGACAAAACUAUAGCUAUAUGGGAUACAGAUGCAGGCUAUAAAAAGCUAAGCUUAAAGGGUCAUUUGGACUGGGUGACAGAUGUUGCGAUUAGCAAAAACAAGAAAUGGAUUCUUUCAGCCUCAAAGGAUUCUACUUUGAGAUUGUGGAAUAUUGAAAAGAUGGAUCAUAUUCCUUCAGUGCUAGAAAUCAGAAAAGCAAGAGGCUCAAAAAUUGCUCAGUGUGAAGGAUGUGAAAAAACUUUCUUAUGCCUGCAGCGUAGUGACUCUGAAACGAUAUCCAAGUGUGUAUUCUGUCGUCUGUCUUCUCCAGUGAGAAAAAUUUUGCCAUUGCCACCUUCUGUUUCUCCUGAUGUUUAAAUUAAUCUAGCAGUCUUGGGACAUUAACACAUUUAAGUAUAAAUGGAGUAUCUGUACAUCUUUAUGUAAUACACGUAUAAAGCUAAGACUUUCCACUAACCUUGCUCUACCGUAGUAUUCUGUAUGAAGAAUAAUAAAAUACAUUGUACUAAUCCAUUAAAUAGCUGUGAUAUAUCAGGUAAAGAAUAAAAUCCCCAGGAACAGAAAUCUUUCUUAGGCUGCAUGGUACUAGAGAAUAAAAUUACUUACUUGUCCUUUGGGAAAUUUUAAACAAUUUUAAAUGAAUACACUAGUUCUAAGCUCAAUUUACUAAAGAAAAUAUGUGGAUAUGUAAAUUGUUGACAGGUUUCCUUCCGUUCUUUAGAUAAACCAUUCUUCUUUACUAUGGCAAACAAAGAAUCUUUGCUAUCAGUGAACAUCAGAAAGAGUUCUGUGAGUAAAACCAUGAAUAAGACUAUGACCUUUUUUCUAACUUGUUGCCAUACCCCUUACAAAAAUUUUGUAAAGGAGCUUUCAGGCAUUGAGAGUAAGUUGUGGUUGAUGUCUGACGUGAUGCAGCACAAAUUAAUUCUGUGCAAUAAAGUCUCCUCCAACAAGGAGAGUGGUAUUUUUUCUACCCUUUCUUAGGAGCAACCCUGAGAGGAUUGUAUCUUUUCAGUGUAUGUGAGAAUGUCAAUUAAUAAAAUAUUAAUUGUUUCAAAAUUUUGGGAAGCCUUAUUCCUAAAAAUAGUGUUUUCAACCUUUUCAACAUUGCUUUCUAAAAGGAACUUAAACUGGGGGAAAUAGGUGGAACUGGGCAUGUGACAGCGUGGAAUGCAGUUAAGCUGUGGAAUACAAAGAAAUCUAAGUAGGUAGAUUUUUUCCCUUGUUUAAAUUAUGUGAAUUGUGUAGCAACAAUUACUCUUGAAUCAAGGUUAAAUGAAAAAUAUUUCUAGGGAAUAGUAUGUUUUGUACAGAUUUAUGGCUUUGAAUAAGUAUUACGUGAUAAAUUG